AACGCCAAAAGCACAUAAACGAAGGAGAGUAGAGUCUGGCCAGGCUAACAUCACGUCACCACGUCCACUUCUCCCAUUUUCGCGCACACACAGAAACGACGAACGAACGAACCACAAUGUGUACGGUUGAGAAGCGAGGCAACCUCUUCUUCCUAAACCUUACCGGCGACGACGACCACCGCCUCAGCCCCGCCGUCAUCUCCUCCCUCCUCUCCUCCCUCUCCCAAAUCAAGUCCCAAGCCACCCGCGGCUCCGCCCUCAUCACCACUGCCGAUGGCUCCAAAUUCUUUUCCAACGGCUUCGACCUCGCAUGGGCCCAAUCCGCCGGCUCCCCAUCCGCUGCCAUCGACCGCCUCAAGGACAUGGUCGCCGCCUUGAAGCCGGUAAUCGCCGCCCUCAUCUCUCUCCCGAUGCCCACCAUCGCCUGCCUCCCCGGCCACGCCGCCGCCGGCGGAUUCCUUCUCGCGCUCAGCCACGACUACAUCGUCAUGAGGAAGGACCGGGGAGUCCUGUACAUGAGCGAGGUCGAUCUAGGGCUCCGCUUGCCGGACUACUUCGCGGCGGUGUUGAGAGCGAAGAUCGGAUCGGCGGCGGUCCGGCGGGAAGUGGCGCUGAUCGGGAGGAAGAUCGGGGGAGAGGAAGCGGUGAGGAUGGGGAUCGCCGAGUCGGCGCACGAUAGCAAGGAGAGUGCGGCGGAGGCUGCCGUGCGCCUGGGGGAGCAGCUGGCCAAGAGGAAGUGGAACGGUGAGGUUUUCGCGGAAAUCAGGAAAAGCAUGUUCCCGGAGCUUUUGGGCGUCCUCGGAAUCGCUGCAAAAGAGAUUCCCCCAAACCUUUGAGUGGGAAAUUGGAAAAUCGA